UUGAGCCUUUCAACCCUCAAAACAGAAUCGGCAUCCCGCGGAUGAUUUGACGAUUGAUAACGUAAACCGCUAUCAGUCAUCCCGAGGUCAUGUACGAUUAAUAAUCCUAUUGGGAACAACUGAACCAUUGAAAGUGUGGAUGUUCUAAUUCGCUCACAUUCAACUACGACUCUUUGUAGUGAGUGAGUGAGUCUUCUACGAUUUAGGUUUGACAGAACGGAAGAAUCCACAAUCGGCGUCGGAUUUCUAACCAACCAAAAUGCUCUCUACGCCAGUCAACCUCCCGAAGUGGCUCGAGGAGAAUUCUCAUCUCCUAAAACCCCCGGUCAACAACUAUUGCGUCUACAAUGAAGACUUCACCGUCAUGAUCGUCGGCGGUCCCAACGCCAGGACGGACUAUCACAUCAACCAGACCCCGGAGUGGUUCUACCAGUACAAGGGUGCUAUGAUGUUGAAGGUCGUUGACGAUGGCAAGUUUAGGGACAUCAUCAUUCGGGAGGGCGACAUGUUCCUGUUGCCGGGCAACACGCCGCAUAACCCGGUGCGCUUCGCUAACACCGUCGGCGUGGUCCUCGAGCAGAAGCGGCCCGAAGGCACCAUCGACCGCAUGCGCUGGUACUGUCAGGAGUGUAACGAGAUAGUACACGAAGCUGCCUUCCACUGCACCAACCUCGGUACUCAGAUCAAGGCCGCCAUCGAGGAAUUCAUGUCAAGCGAGGAAACCCGAAAGUGCAAGAAAUGCGGCGUGGUCGCUAAUUCGGUACCGAAACCCGGUAUCAUCAAGGAUCCGAACACGGAGUAACGGUCUCGUUGACUGAAGUAGAUCACAUAUUUGAUUGAUCUCAAUACAUAUAUUAGCUAUGUAACCCAUUUUCCGCAUUGAUUCAUCUAGGGGUUUGUAGGAUGUCUCUAAUCGAGCGCCUAAGUUCGCUAUCGCCCACCCCUAGGGUUAGCUGUUUACAUAUGUCGGGCAUGUCCAAGUGGACAGAUAUAAGUUUCACAUAUCUUCUGUCGUCAGAAUUAUGACAGAGAUUUUAGAGAUGAUGAAUGAGUCAUAAUCAUCGUUGCAUAUGGAUAACCAACCUACUUGCUCCUUGGCUAAGAUGAACCAGGGAGUAUGCUUCUUAGUACCCCUUAACGCGAUUUUAACACGACUUUACCGACUACACUCCUAAAUACGGAGAUAUUUAUCCAAGGAGCCUACUCU